AUGGCGGAGGAUGGACCGGGGAGUUGGCGCCCCUCCCACGGCGACGAGGUGGUGGACGCGAUCCGACGCGCGGGCGUGGUCUUGCUGCCGGUCCACCUCGACGUCGCACGCCGCACUUCACGCCGCCAGGCGCGGCUGGUGGCGGCGCACGCCGCCCUUGACGCCAAGUACCGAGAGGACAAGAAGACGUACUAUUUCUACGACAAGACUGGCCGGGCCUACCGCAUCUACAACCCGAGAGGGCUGCCCCCGGCGCAUGCAUACCUUCCGCUUACCGAAUGGAGCUCGCGCAGCAAUCUUCUACAACACGCUCAGCGCCGAUACUCCGCGACGAUUCACCAUUCGGCCUGGAGGGAGAUGCAUGCGGCGGCGGGCCGCGCAGGGAGGAGGGAGCAGCGCCGCUUCGGAUUGCACCUGUCGAUGAUGACGGACGUCAUGGCGGACGGCAUCUACAGCCAGCACGAUCUGCCCUUAAACGCCCUCGGCGACCUGCUGCGGGGCAAGCUUGGGCGCGGCGCGGUGGAGCACGAGUUGCACUGCGAGCACAGCACUACGAGGACGGACUUGUACAUUUACCAGGGGGUGAACGGGGACCUGCCCUGCAUCGGCGACACGAAGAUCUUUGCCGGUGUGCCGUCGGACCCCUCGGGGGUGGGGCGCAUGGGGGCAUUCGUCGCUUGCGCAGAGGGGAAGUGCCGUGUGGAGGCGCUGCUCUUCGAGGAGUUCGGCGCGAUGAGCGCGGGGGUGGUCGGCGCGCGAAUGGAUGCCGUUUGCGCUGCAGCGGCUGUCGGGGCCGCGGGGGAAUGCUAG